AUGCCAAAUAAGACAUCAGUUAGGGAAUUCAUUCUGCUGGGACUUACAGACGAUCCAGAGUUACAAGUUAUGUUAUUCUCUUUUAUGUUGAUGACAUACUUAUUGAGUGUAAGUGGAAAUGUGACCAUAAUUGCAUUAACACUAUUGAAUAUUCACUUGAAAACUCCCAUGUAUUUCUUCCUCAGGAAUUUCUCUUUCUUAGAAAUUUCAUUUACAACAGUCUGCAUUCCUAGAUUUCUUGUCAGCAUUGCUACGGGAGACAUAAGCAUUUCCUAUAAUGGUUGCAUGGCACAAGUAUUUUUUUUAAUCCUUCUGGGAUCAACAGAGUUUUUUCUUCUGGCUGCCAUGUCCUAUGAUCGCUAUGUGGCUAUCUGCAAACCUCUACAUUACACAGCUAUCAUGAGUAACAAAGUCUGCAGCCAACUUGUAAUCAGCUCCUGGCUAGCUGGUUUUCUCAUUAUUUUUCCCCCAGUUAUUAUGGGCCUCCAACUGGAUUUCUGUGACUCCAACAUCAUUGACCACUUCACCUGUGAUUCUUCUCCUAUGCUGGUAAUUGCUUGCACAGACACAAAGUUUCUAGAACUUAUGGCAUUUUUCUUAGCAGUAUUCACACUCGUGGUAACUUUGGCCUUGGUGAUUCUCUCCUACACACUCAUCCUUAGAACAAUUCUGAAGAUCCCCUCUGCCCGGCAGAGGAAAAAGGCCUUUUCCACUUGUUCCUCCCAUAUGAUUGUGGUUUCCAUUUCUUAUGGGAGUUGCAUUUUUAUGUAUGUAAAAACAUCUGCAAAAGAAGGUGUGGCUCUGAGCAAAGGUGUAGCAGUACUGAAUACCUCUGUUGCUCCCAUGCUGAAUCCCUUUAUUUACACCUUAAGGAACCAGCAGGUGAAACAGGCCUUUAAGGACUUCACCAAAAAAAUGUUAUCAUCAAACAAGCACUAA